AUGGCCCCGGACCGCAAGCGGCACAUUACCCUGCCGCCGCUGCCUGUUGAAGAGCGCCGUCCUUUGCUGGACAGGCUGGAUUCCGACUGUCGUGGCGCGAAUGAUGACGCGGGGGAGCAGAUGUACAGCUGUAUGACGAGUCCACAUAGCCAUUUACCUGUGUAUACCAAUAUUCACCGAAUCCGGAGAGACAUUCUCAGCGUUGUCGAGGAUUACCUGAGUCUGGAGCAGUUGAGGGACGUGAGGAUAAACGUCACCGUCAUCAGGCCCUUGGUGGACAAGUUUUACGAGUUGGAUGAUAUUUCCAUCAUUUACUGCUUGUUAGUCAACCGAGCUCAAUUCCUCUUGGAAGAGUCUUACUCUAGCACACGGCACAAUGUGAAUUGGACGCGCGCUACCCUUUGCGAGCUCAUUGCUACACGGAUUCUCCGGCGGUUGGGUGAAGACCACGAGGGUCCCGAAGGUCUUCUGCUGCUUGCCAAUGUUCUCGUCGCUGGGUUUGAGCCGUUUCAGAACGCCCCCGAUCAUAUCCGGGAAGAGGCUGAGGUCAAGACGGCAUGGACCUAUCACCGCACACUGCCGUCUCUCGAGGUUGCCAUCUUGACCGAGAGCAAGCACUUCCUCAGCUCAAGCACCUGCCACCGCAUCAUAAACGCCAUUUACGAAGGCCGCAUCAUCUACACUCCGUCGACCUUUUGGGACAUCAUACCGGAUCACUACAAAUUGAAGCCGAUAUCCUUGUAUGACCCGCGGAAGUCACCAUUGCUGAAUCAGUAUCGCCUGAUUGUGCCGCGGAACCGAAAUAUCCUUGAAUCGAUACAGUUUGCCAUUCUCCUCGCCUUGUACCUUGGUGUUAUGCUUGAAAGAGAGAGGAACAGACUUACCGUGCUGGAGGCCGCCUUUGAUAUCUAUGCGUUUGGCUGGGGAUUGGAUCAGUUUGCUACCAUUUUGGCGCACGGAUGGGGCGUCUAUACCCAAAAUCUGUGGUCUUUCUUGGACGUUGGGUUCAUUUGCAUUUACUCAAUCUACGUGAUGCUUCGACUACAUGGCUGGCGCGUAGGCCAGUUGGGACCGGGAGAACAAGCCUUCGAUGUGCUCGCACUUGCGGCUCCCAUGUUGGUACCUCGAUUGGCAUUCACCCUACUUUCCGAGAACCUUGUCCUACUGUGUUUAAGAUCAAUGAUGGCAGACUUUUUCUUCCUCACUGCAUUAUCGGCCUGGUGUUUUUUUGGGUUUCUUCUCAGUCUCCUGUGGCUGGGCGAAGGAGCGCAUCCUAUUGUAACGAUAUCGAAAUGGAUGAUUUAUAUUUGGUUUGGACUGGACGGUACCGGCAUUCAGCGAUCAACUGAAUUCCACUGGCUCCUUGGCCCAAGUCUGAUGGUGGCGUUCGCAUUUCUCGGCAACACACUCUUUCUCACGAUUCUCGUGUCCAUGCUCUCAAACACCUUUAGUAAUAUUUCAGCCAACGCAACGUCAGAAAUUCAGUUCCGCCGAGCUGUCCUAACCCUUGAAGGAGUCAAAGCCGAUGCCGUCUUUGCAUAUCAGCCUCCUUUCAAUCUCCUGGCGGUCUUCUUCCUUCUACCACUCAAGUUUGUCGUCAGCCCCCGCUGGUUUCACAAGAUACACGUCGCCACUGUUCGCCUUGUCAACCUCCCUCUGCUCCUCAUUAUUGCUGUAGCUGAGCGCCGAAUCAUAUGGACGUCCAAAGCCGUAAACCGCACCAUAUACCCCCGCGCAAAGAAAUGGUUUUGGCAAAAAUGGCAGCUCUCCGCCCAUCGCUAUCUUCGCGCCGUGUUCCAAGUCACGCCCCCGGAAGACGCGCAUCCAGAAAUUGCAGCGGACGACCAUUUAACACAACACCUUAUCCGACGCCAGUUUACGAGACAAACGACGGCGGAGGGAGUAGUGCCUCAGGUUCGGAAACCAUCGCGUAGGGACUCUAUGUUUCCGGAUAAAUUGAGGGGCUCGUUCAACGGAGACACUAUGAACGUGGAGGCUAGGUUGGAGUCUAUGGAGAAGUCGAUGCAGAAAAUGGAGCUGCUGCUUUCGAAAUUGGUUUCGGUCGACGAUGAGGUCAUCACUGAUACUUCAGAGGAUGAUGAACUAGGAGAGGGUAGUACCUUGAGAGAGCCGACCGAGGGAUUUACCACGGAGUCAUCGUUUGCUGGGCAACAAUAG